CGCUUGCUUUGAGUGGAGAGCUGUGGCGAAGAGAGGGAGGGGCGUUUGUAGUGGGCGUGUCUGUUGGUAGCGCUGAGAGUGGGCGUGACUGUUUUUGGCGCUGGAAGCGCGCAUGCUCGGCACCAUUGGAUGAGAGGGGAGAACUGUGGCUGUGAGGCGGCCGGAGCGGCGGGGAGGAGUAUCGGGAGUUCUCACUGAUGGAGGGGCCUGUGGACAAAGAGGCUCCGGCCUUCACUCAACCGCCGCCUCCUCCGCCUCUCCCUCCGCCGCCCCCGCUCUCCUCGCCUAGCGCCGAGAAUGAGGCGGAGAGCCGGCAGGGCCCGGAGGAGCGGAGCGGCGAGAGGGCCGCGCUCAAUUCGCUGGAGACGUGCGGCUUCUGCAGGCAGCAUAUCCAGAGCCGGAGCCCCCGGCUGCUCCCAUGCCUCCAUUCCCUGUGUCAGCGCUGCCUCCCCCCCCCGGAGCGGUACCUGAGCAUGCCCGGGCCCCCGCAGCCCCCCGCACCCGGCACCCCGACAGGCACCGUGCAAGUGGGGGUUAUUCGCUGUCCCGUAUGCAGUCAGGAGUGCGCAGAAAGAGACAUCAUCGAGAACUUUUUUGUCCGAGACACCACAGAAGUUCCCAGUAGCACCGUUGAGAAACCAAGUCAGCAAGUGUGUACAAGCUGUGAGGACAAUGCGGAGGCUCGGGGCUUUUGUGUCGAGUGCGUGGAGUGGCUGUGCAAGAACUGCGUGCAGGCGCAUCAGAGAGUCAAGUUUACCAAGGACCACACAGUGCGGCAGAAGGAAGAAGUCCCUCCUGCAGUGGGAGCGAAUAGCCAGCGUCCUGUCUUCUGCCCUUUCCACAAGAAGGAGCAACUGAAACUGUACUGUGAGACCUGCGACAAACUGACGUGCAGGGACUGUCAGCUACAGGAGCACAAAGAGCACAGGUAUCAGUUUAUAGAAGAAGCAUUUCAGAGCCAGAAAGUCAUAAUCGACACAUUAAUUACUAAAUUGAUGGAGAAGAACAAAUACAUCAAAUUUACGGGCGACCAAAUCCAGAACCGAAUCCUGGAAGUGAAUCAGAACCAGAAGCAGGUGGAACAGGAUAUUAAAGUUGCUGUUUUCACGCUAAUGGUUGAAAUCAACAAAAAAGGCAAAGCCUUACUACAUCAACUCGAGGCAUUGGCUAAGGAUCGGCGCAUGAAGCUUCUAAAACAGCAGCAUGAAGUCGACGGUUUCUCUAAGCAGCUGGAGCACGUGGUGUAUUUCUCCAAAUGGGCAGUGAACAGCGGCAACAGCACAGCUUUACUGUACAGCAAGCGCUUAAUCACUUAUCGCUUACGGCAUUUGCUGCGAGCCCGCUGUGAUGUCACUCCCGUAACCAACACUGUUCUAUUUCACUGUGACGCCAAUUCCUGGGCUCAGAAUAUAUUCAACCUAGGUUCUCUUGUCAUUGAAGAGGGCGACCCCUCUCAGCAAACAACUCCUAUGGAAGUUCAGAAUACUCAGGGAACCAAACCAGGCAACCAGCUGUCCAAAUUCCCCACCCAAAUCAACUUGGCUCAGCUCCGAAUCCAGCACAUGCACCAGCAGAUCAUGGCCCAGCGGCAGCAAGCACAGCGACGGCCAGGUCCAGUGGGCCUGCAGAACCCUCCUGUACCCCCGCAGCCAAUGGUCCUUAAUAAUCCCAGAGUCCCCAUACAGCACCAACCGCCACCUAACCAGAUGCAACGAUUUGUAAAUGUUCAGAACAUGAACCCCAGGCCAAACGGUAUGGUGAUGCCCAAUCAGCCCAUGCGAUACCCUCACAACGUUCCGAACCCAGUGGAUCUUCAGAACAUGCAGCACAGUCAAAACAUGCCAAGGAGACCUGGGCCAGUUGGGUAUCCUCCAAUCAGAGUUACCUUUAUGCCCCAUCAUGGCAUGAAGCAGUGGCAGGUAUCCGGAAGCCCAACAGCAGCCCAGUCCGUGGCCAGUAGCAACACCUCCACUCCAUCGAGCCCUACGAUCACCAGUGUCGCAGGGAGUGAUGGGAAAGGCAUGUCUUCUCCAGUUAUUGAUUUGGUAACCUCGGCUGCCAAUUCAUUUAACCUCCCGCCGAUUCCUGAUAUUGACAGCACCGCCAAUGUUUUGCUGGAAAAUUUAAUAAGGAAGGAUACGAAUCUGGAAAACACCAACCACCACAGGAUGAUGCCUCAUCGGACGGUGCAGUCGCCCAAUUCCUCUGUACCCUCGCCAUUAGGGUCCACGGCUGGUGUUCACCCACCAAUACGCACAUCGAGCGCUUCUAGCAUUGGAAGCAGAGAAAGCACUGGUUCCUCCAGCAAACCAACAGGCGGUGCUGACUCGACACACAGAAUGCCUGUGGUUAGGCUCGAGCCUAUCAGAAUCAAGCCAGAGAACACGCCUGAGAACUUUGAGUACCCUGUGGUUGUGGUGAAGCAGGAGAACCGACAUAGAGCUUCUCAACCUCGCAAUGCAGAGUAUCCUGGAAGCAUCCUCACAUCCAUGUUACUUGACAGCAAUGGCAACCGCAUGUCCAAAUCCGACGCAGGCUCUCGUAGAGACGCCCCCGAUAGCACUGGAGACCGGCAUCACAUAAGAGAUGGAAGCAGCCAGUGGAUGCCUCCGGGCCGAACGUCCGAAGGCGGAAAGGAGGAUGAUCCCAAUGAGGACUGGUGUGCUGUAUGUCAGAAUGGGGGGGAGCUGCUUUGCUGUGAAAAAUGUCCCAAAGUUUUCCACCUGUCGUGCCACGUGCCUACACUGAUGAACUUUCCCAGUGGUGAAUGGAUCUGCACCUUUUGCCGGGACCUGUCCAGACCAGAAGUGGAGUAUGACUGCGACGACCCAUCCCUGGCAGAGAAACGGAAACUGGGAGGUGCUCAAAGCAUGGCACCAAUAGAUCAGAGAAAGUGUGAGCGGAUUCUUUUGUAUCUCUUCUGCCACGAGAUGAGCUUGGCCUUCCAGGAUCCCGUUCCCCUGACUGUGCCUGACUACUACAGAAUCAUCAAAAAGCCUAUGGACUUGUCAGCCAUAAAAAGAAAACUCCAGUUCAACGGCGCACCCCACUACACCCGCCCAGAGGAGUUUGUCGGCGACAUCCGGCUGAUUUUUAAAAAUUGCUUAGAAUUUAAUGAGCCUGAUUCGGAGGUGGCUAGUGCUGGUAUCAAACUGGAGGCCUAUUUCGAAGAGUUACUCCUCAACAUUUACCGGGAUCAGAAAUUCGCUAAAACUAACUACAAAGAUGACACCGCUGCGAGCGGGGACUCCGACGACGAGUUUGUGGCGCCUCGGAAAAAACGCUUCAAAGGCGACGAGCGCCUUUUUUUCAAAUAAAACUACUGCCGCCGCGGCGUUGCGCACGUCGCCUAAUGUACAUAAUUAAAAGAGACUUGUCUAGUUGUUGGCAAAGUAAAACAAUGUAUUUUUUUGGAACGGCCGUGAGUCUGUUGUUUAGUAGCACUCGUUAGGGAUUCAGAGUAAAUAUGGUGCAAAAAAAAAAAAAAAACGGUAGCACACUGCAUUCUGAAAAAGCUCCUGAUGCGGUUGGAAAUCUUCACAAACCUCACAUGAACUGGCACAGCCUUGACUUGAAGGUGAAAUUCCAUAACAAGCAUCCAGAAGAUAACUUUACUGCAUAUUGACAUGCUUUCCACACAGACCUUAUUUCUUAACAGCACCCUUGUCACGUUUCCGUCUGUCGUAAUACCUUUCCAUGAUUUCCCUGUACUAAGCUGGAACGGCAGAGCUUGAUUGGCUGAAAAGAAAGAUAUGAGGGGGUGUGUCUUAGACAUGAAAUGCCUGUGGUUCCUACGUUGAGCACUGUAUGAAAUUGAGGCAAUGACGGCGCUGUCAAGAUUAAGUAUUGUAUUGGAGCCAUGAAUGGCAUGACUGUCCCACCGCAGAGAGCUUUUUAUGAAGUCCAGGUCUCUUGUUGUCCAUAAAAGGACUAGAGGCGGGGCUAAUUUUCUCCAAAAACGUAAGAACACACCAAGAAAGAGCUUCAAAAGCGAUGAAGUGUUUUGUUUUGGGUUUUUUUUUUCUUUUCAUUUAACCAAGGUUCGUUAGUAGCCAAGGUAUCUAUUUUGCACAAGAUUGAGAAAAAAAGAAAAUGAGUUUGCCGUUUUAAUUUAUCAGAACUGACUUUGGCACCAUUUCUAUGUAAUUCGAAAAAAAAAAGAAAAAAAAAAUGUAUGUGGCGUCGACCAUUUGUACCAAGAACUGUAUUCAGGCAUUGAUGAAGUACAAAUAUACAGUUUAUUUUUGUUUUA